UGUCAUGGCGGCCUCCUGUCCUGAAGGCGUGCCGGAGGCCCAGGAUGGAAAGAGAAGGCAGUUCGGGAACCGGUUCCUGAACGACCCUACGCGCGUCUUCCACCAUAACGCCUGGGACAACGUGACGUGGUCAGAGGAGCAGGCCGCGGCGGCGGAGAGGAAAGUGCAGGAGAACAGUUCUCAGCUGGUGUGCCCCGAAAAGCAAGUUGAUUAUGAGGUCAAUGCCCACAAAUACUGGAAUGACUUCUACAAAAUUCAUGAAAAUGGGUUUUUCAAGGAUAGACACUGGCUUUUUACCGAAUUCCCUGAACUGGCACCUAGCCACAAUCACGCGACAGAUUUGCCCUUGGAGAACUGGAGUAAUGAGGUCUGUAAACACAGAAGCAGUGAUGAUGGACCCGCCUUAAAAACAGAACAACGCACAUGUUCUUAUACCAGCCACGGGUGCAAGACUCAGGUGCCUCCUGUGGAAGAGACGGUGACGCAGAAGCUCACUCACCUAGAAAUCCAUGCUGAUGAAUUUCCUGGAUCCUCAGCCACCUACCGAAUACUUGAGGUUGGUUGUGGUGUAGGAAACACAGUCUUUCCAAUUUUACAAACUAACAAUAACCCAAACCUCUUCGUGUACUGUUGUGAUUUUUCUGCCACAGCUAUUGAACUGGUCAAGACAAAUCCAGAAUAUGAUCCUUCUCGCUGUCUUGCCUUUGUUCAUGACUUAUGUGAUGAAAAUCAGAGUUACCCCAUGCCCAAGGAUAGUCUUGAUGUUGUCGUUCUUAUAUUUGUUCUUUCAGCAAUUGUUCCAGACAAGAUGCAGAAAGCUAUCAACAGGCUAAGCAGACUCCUGAAGCCUGGAGGGGUGAUGCUUCUUCGAGACUAUGGCCGAUAUGACAUGGCUCAGCUUCGGUUUAAAAAAGGUCAGUGUUUGUCUGGAAAUUUCUAUGUGAGAGGUGAUGGCACCAGAGUCUACUUCUUCACACAAGCAGGGGAGCUGGAUGCACUCUUCACUGCUGCAGGCCUGGAGAAGUCUCAGAACCUGGUGGAUCGCCGCUUGCAGGUCAACCGAGGGAAACAGCUCACCAUGUACCGCGUCUGGAUUCAGUGCAAAUACAGGAAGCCCCUCGUGCCCAGUGCCAGCCAAGAUGUGCCUGCUCCCCACACAACAUAAGCUCUUUGUGUUCAGGGCUUUCUAAGAAGAUACCUGUGAAGGUGCCUUGUUGAUGUUGGACAGCCUGGGAAUCCAAGUAGCUCAGAUAUUGAGCCUAGGGACAAUUACUUUCUAAUAUUAAUAAUUGUGGCUUUUGGCUGGGCA